GGGAGUGAUAUAUACAUGCAAAAUUAGAAUCCAAGUAAAUACAGUUAAUUGGCCUCUGUUUCAGGUAGCAGCUACAGUCCCACAGUAUUUUGAGUAAUAAUGAUUUUACCAAAUUCCAGCCAAAAAAGGUUAAAUUUGACUUUAAAAAAAUUUGCAUGCUUUUACUCUCUCUCUCUCGUGUUAUAUAAUCUUCUUCUUCAUCGUCUGCACUGGAGAGGAGUCAAGAAGAAGAUACACAGAGCUAAAUGAAUAUGUAUCUCAUCUCCUUGGUUCCCACUUCUCUUGGUUAUACCUUCCUUGCUGUUAUCGUUACAGGUUUCGUUUUCAUCCUCACUCGAUGGAGUUCCAAGUCAAGGGGAGGUUUAAACCUUCCUCCAGGUCCACCAGGUUGGCCGGUGGUCGGUAACUUAUUCCAGUUCGCGCACUCCGGUAAGCCCUUCUUCGAAUACGUGGAGGAGCUUAAGAAAACGCACGGCCCAAUUUUCACACUGAGAAUGGGGACUCGUACUAUGAUCAUCCUCUCCGACGCAAACCUCGUCCACGAAGCUCUUAUCAAACGCGGAGCUCUGUUCGCCUCACGACCCGCCGAGAAUCCGACCCGAACCAUCUUCAGCUGCAACAAAUUCACCGUCAACGCCGCCAAAUACGGUCCCGUGUGGCGAUCUCUGAGAAGAAACAUGGUUCAGAACAUGCUUAGCUCUACACGCCUCAAGGAGUUCGGUUCGGUCAGACAAUCCGCCAUGGAUAAGCUCAUCGAGAGGAUCAAAUCGGAAGCUAGAGAGCACGACGGCCUUGUCUGGGUGCUCCGAAACGCAAGGUUCGCUGCGUUUUGUAUUCUCUUAGAGAUGUGUUUCGGAAUCGAGAUGGAUGAAGAUUCGAUCGUGAAGAUGGAUGAUAUUUUGAAAACCGUGCUGAUGACCGUUGAUCCACGGAUCGACGAUUAUCUUCCCAUCCUCGCUCCGUUCUUCUCCAAAGAGAGGAAGCGAGCUCUCGACGUCCGCCGUGAACAGGUGGAUUACGUCGUCGGGUUUAUCGAGAGACGUCGGAGAGCGAUUAAGAACCCGGGAUCCGAUGAAACGGCGUCGUCUUUCUCAUACUUGGAUACGCUCUUCGAUUUAAAUAUCGAAGGUCGUGAAACGGCGCCGUCUAACGAAGAGCUCGUGACGCUCUGCUCUGAGUUGCUCAACGGAGGUACGGAUACGACGGGGACAGCGAUCGAGUGGGGGAUGGCGCAGCUGAUUGCGAAUCCUGAGAUGCAAUCUCGGCUCUACGAUGAGAUUAAAUCAACGGUGGGGGAUGAUCGUAGGGUCGAGGAGAAGGAUAUGGAUAAAAUGGUCUUUUUACAAGCUUUUGUGAAGGAGCUUCUCCGGAAACAUCCGCCGACUUAUUUUUCUCUGACGCACGCCGUCACGGAGACGACGACGCUCGCCGGAUACGAUAUUCCUGCCGGCGUUAACGUCGAGAUUUUUAUUCCGGGUAUUAGUGAGGACCCGAGAAUUUGGAGUAACCCGAAAGAGUUUGACCCGGAUCGGUUUAUAUCGGGUAAGGAAGAGGCUGACAUAACCGGGAAUAGUGGAGUGAAGAUGAUUCCUUUUGGUGUUGGCCGUCGGAUCUGUCCAGGGCUUACGAUGGCUACCGUACACGUGCAGUUGAUGCUUGCGCGGAUGGUUCAAGAGUUCGAGUGGAGUGCUUAUCCGCCGGGAAGUGAGAUUGAUUUCGCCGGGAAAAUUGAGUUUACGGUGGUGAUGAAGAAUCCGUUGAGAGCUAUGGUCAAGCCAAGGAUUUAAUCUUUAAACAUUUUACGUCUUGAAUUGUUUGGUAUUUUUUUAUAAGAAAAUAUUAACAUUAUUAUUGUACGGUGUGUUUGCUUAUAAACUUUUUUUAAGUA